GGCUGGUGUUGCUCAGCGCAGAUGUAUGGGCUUCAUAGAGAUAGGUGCAUCGAGUCCUUGGACAUUAAUUUUAAUCGGAUUUUCAGAUGAAGCUGAUGCUGAUGCUCCCCCGGAACACACUUUGAGAAACAUUUAAUUAAGGAUGGUUUGUGAAGUGAGUGCCCUCUUGAGGAAGAUUCUUGUUAGCCUGUGAAAGGAGUAACACAUGGAAGUAGAACUCGGAGAGUUGAAGUGGAUAUUUGUUGAGAGGCUAAUUUUUUUUCUUGUACUUAAUAUGAGGAAGGACUGGAAAGAAAGUUUGUUUUUAGAGGGCAUUGGAAAUGGUUGGUGGACUUAUGAGGAAUACUGAUAACUUUUCUUCUUUUCCGUAUCUAGAUUUUGAGAAGAGGGGGAAAAAGGAAGUUUGUCCGGUCCUGGAUCAGUUUCUUUGUCACGUAGCCAAGACUGGAGAAACAAUGAUUCAGUGGUCCCAGUUUAAAGGCUAUUUUACUUUCAAACUGGAGAAGGUGAUGGAUGAUUUCAGAACAUCAGCUCCUGAACCAAGAGGUCCACCCAACCCUAAUGUCGAAUAUAUUCCCUUUGAUGAAAUGAAGGAAAGAAUACUGAAAAUUGUCACGGGAUUUAAUGGUAUCCCUUUUACUAUUCAGCGACUAUGUGAAUUGCUAACAGAUCCAAGGAGAAAUUAUACAGGAACAGACAAAUUUCUCAGAGGAGUAGAGAAGAAUGUGAUGGUUGUUAGCUGUGUGUAUCCUUCUUCAGAGAAAAACAAUUCUAAUAGCUUAAAUCGAAUGAAUGGUGUUAUGUUUCCUGGAAAUUCACCAAGUUAUACUGAAAGGUCUAACAUAAAUGGGCCAGGAACACCCAGGCCACUUAAUCGACCAAAGGUUUCUUUAUUAGUCCCUAUGACAACAAAUGGCUUGCCUGAGAGCACAGAUAGCAAAGAGUCAAACUUACAGCAAACUGAGGACAAAAAUCACAGUGACUCUUCGAUGUCUGGAUCAGAAGGUUCCUCAGUGAGCCCUGUAAAAAAUAAGCACCCAGGUGAAGAUGCUGUGGAAUCUGAAGGGCAUGAGGUAAAAAGACUUCGGUUUGACAAAGAAAGUGAAGUCAGGGAGACAGCCAGUCAGACAUCUUCCAGUGAAAAUCCUUCAGCUAUGGUAGAAGAAACAGAAGCAUCGUCUUCAUCUCAGGAUAAAGACAAAGAAAGUAGUUGUACCAGGCAACACAGCACAGAAGAUCCUGAAGUGGAGGGUGAAGAGGAGGAAGAAGAGUCUUUUAUGACAUCAGGAGAAAUGAUCCCUGAAAGAAAAAAUCAAGAAAAAGAAUCUGAUGAUGCCUUAACUGUGAAUGAAGAGACUUCUGAGGACAGUAAUCAGAUGGAGGAAUCUGAUCUGACUCAGGCUGGGAAGGAUUUACAUUCUGAAGGCGGUGGGAAGACAGGCCCUGAGAGCAGUGGUUCUGGUGGCCAUGCAGCGGAAGAAUUGGUGGAACCCAGCUCCAGUGAAACUGGAGAGAUUCUCUCAGAAUCAUCCAUGGAGAACGAUGGUGAAGCCACAGAAGUCACAGAGGAACCAAUGGAACAAGACUAACUAUUUAGAAACAUUUAGAUACAGUAUUUUACAUACAGUUCUGGUUUUACACUGUAUAAAACUUUUAUGUAAUAAAGUGGAACCUUUAGUUUUACAAGAGAAGCAGGUUGUAAUAUAAAGUAUUUUGUGGGAUAAAUCCUGAAAGAGUUGUACAUGUAAGAACUGUGAAUAUCAGCUCCUUGGGUCCUGCUUACCGCUGACUUCUUUUGGUUUGGUCAAAUCAGUGGUUUGUGUACAGAUUUAUUUUUUUUUUUAGAAUUAAAGUUUAAACUGGAAAGUAAUUAUAAUUUUGAAAAUCUUUUGGAAAUUAUUUAGUUUAUACAUACACAAGAAAGCUUUUUGUCUUGUCUCUUUCUGACAGCUCUAGCAGUUUUCAUAUUUUGGUCAUAGUUUCAACAUUUUAACGUGAAUUUUAGGGUUUCAUGCUGAUUUCCAGAUUUUAUUGUUUGACUGUACAAUGGAACUUUAAGUCAUAUAUACAUACAUAUAUAUAUAUAUACACAUACAUAUAUAUAUUAUUCUAAGGGGGAAAUGUUAUAUUUUUCUGUUUCUAUAAGAGAUGAAUAAAUACAGUGGAUACUUUUUCUAUUGGUAACGAUUGAGUUCACUCUUUCAGAAGACAUUUUCUUUCUCUUCUGAGUAAUUCACAUAAAAUCUGGCCCUUGUGAAACCCUGGAAAUCUAAAGUCUGCUGAAAUACCAGGUUAAACACAUUCCAAGAGAUCUGUUCAAACUAAAAUUCUUUUGUAUACCUCUGAGGUGCCUGAGAAAAAGACUUUGUAAUUUAUGAGAAAAUGUGCUUUAUCUUGGAAAUUGUGUUCAAACAUUUGCUUACUAUUUUGUAGAAUGAAUGCUUAUAAAGCUGACAUGAGAACAUCUCAGAAGAACUGGGCACGUUCCUUAACUUUUUGCUUUGCUUUUCUGAACAUUGUGAAUAUUACACAGUUCUUUCUAAAUUAUUCUAGAGUAUACAAAUGUCAAUGACAUGAAACACCACUGUACUGGAAAAAUUAAUAUAUUACUUUAGUAAUGUACUGGAGCUAAAUGACUGAAGCUUUAGGGGUACAUAGAAAUCACCAUAAUUUGUAUGACAUUUUGAAGUGAAUUAAAUAUUUUUGGACAUGCUUCUUCAACAGCCAGUGUUCUAUUUUUCAGAUCAACACAAAGCACAAUGAUUACUUUAAACUCAAUAUUUUCAAAUUCGCAUAUCUAAUGUCAUGCAAGAUGCAAUUUUCCUGUCAAAAUUACUGGCUGCCAAAUUUGUACCUGUUUUCUUUGGCCGUACCUUUUGAUAUUUAGAAUUUUUAAAUUUCUGUAAAGUAGAUUUUGUAGAAUGUAAUGUGUUCACUGCCUUUGUGACGCGGUAUAUAACUGUAUAAUUUCUGUGUGUAAACUGAAUGCUUGGGCUUUCAAUACAGUAUUCAUAUAAAGCAAUAAAUACUAAUGUUAUGAAAUAUUUGAGUACAUUUUUAUCAAAAAUUAAAUAAUUCCUUUUUUAGUUUCAGAUACCUGAAGUACACAAAUGAACUUAUAAAACUGAUGCAAACAAUUUCUGACACUGUAUCAUCAUAUGCUUUUGGGUGAUUUGGGUGGCAACCACAGUUUUGCAUUUUGACUACUUAAAUUGCUAUGACUAAAAAUACCAAAAUGAUCUGGCUCCGUUUAUGUUUGGGGGGUAACAUACUACUGAUUGACUUGACUGUCAGGUUCACAGCAGCUAGAUGAUAUAUUUAUGAAUAUGUCUAAUAGUUGACAUAAAAACAAUACUGAUUUGCUGAAAAAUCACACGCAAAUUUUUAAUUUUGCAAAAAUGUUAAAAUGAAGCAAUUUUUAAAUGUGAUACUCCUUUUUAGUGACCUGUUAACCUUAUUUUGUUGGGUAUUUUGCCAAUGAGAACAGAUUGUAAACAUGUUAAAUCUUGAAAUUUUCUUUAGAAUAUUUAUGAAAUUAUUGUCAAUAAACCUGUUCUUUAAGAUCCUGUGACCUUUUGACAUUUUUAUUUUAUUGUGCCAUGGAUCAUUUGUAAACAAAUAGAUUUACUUUGUUGCUUAUAAGUUGAAGUUUUAGCACCAUGACUUUGAGGUCUGUGGUUUUAUUUGUAAACUUGCGAUUGUUAUUUUUGCAAGGGCAAAUGUAUAUCUUUAUUAAAUAAAGUACAAUAAUGGUGAAUGUA